AAAAAUGGAAACCACCAGCAGUGUGAGGAGACCUGAAAGUGGCACAUGGCAGAAGUGUGUGGCGAUGGAGACAGCAGCAAUGGGAGGCCGUACAGGGACCCAUGAGAGACUCUGGACCUGGCAGCAGCAUGAGGAGGCGGUACAGGGGCCCAUGGCAGAUUAGGGGCCUGGGCAGCAGCUAUGGGAGGCCCGUAAUCUGCCAGCACCCUAUGACAAAAAAUGGAACACACCAGCAGUGUGAGGAGACCUGAAAGUGGCACAUGGCAGAGUGUGGCGAUGGAGACAGCAGCACAAUGGGAGGCCGUACAGGGACCCAUGAGAGACUGUUGGACCUGGCAGGAGCAUGA